GAAACUUAGCCUAAAAAAAGCUAUUGAUUUUAUUUCUGAUGCUUGGGAAGACAUGGAAGGUGAGUUGGAGAAAGAACCUCAAGAAGAAACAACUGAAAUAAAUAAUGCUGCCACGAUAGUUGAUGACCUUUCAGCUGCUGCAACCAACCCAAUGACCCAGAAACUGAAAGAUAAUAUUGAAGAAUACAUUUACAUGAUCGACCAACCAACCGCAACUGAGGACUU